AUGGAGAUAGAAGACCCUGAAGGAGAAGUUGUGUGCACACUGGGGAGAAAGCUGAGUAAGGGGAGACUUGACUCAGAAACAAUAGCCAUCAUCAUCGUCCUUGUCAUCAUUGCGCUUGUCAUCAUCGCCAUGUCCCAGAUAAGUUUCGGAACUUCGGGCAUUACAUUUGGAGGUCCCACCGAGAUCCCCCCCGAGCCCACCAGACUUCUGGUCAACGGGUCGUAUCUGAUUCCGAUCGUUCCCGAGAGGGACGCGGACGGGCGAGUACGCGAGUGCUUCUAUGUCAGUCUAAAUGUAUCGUCACCCCUGGGCCCUUGUAAUUACCGCCGUCCUAGCCACAACCCUCUCUGUUGGGCUGGCCGAGACGGCACCAGAAAGUUGGAACCGCUGCGAAAGAUUCUUAAAACCCACUUCCCUGGAUGGCCUCUUUUUUUAACAACAGGGCCAUGCAAAAUUCUAGCGGCUAAACCUAUCAACCCACCCAAGCCGCCAACUCCAACUGCACCCCCUGUUCUCCCCGACAGCCAAGAUUUACUUUCCCUUGACCCUCCCCCUUACCAGGUUCCUCCUCUCAUUCCGCAAGCUGCCCCUAUCCCUGCUGCGCCGGCAGAGCCUCCCGUAGCCCAGCCCAUAGGAGAACUAGAGAAUAGGGAGGCUCAACCCGCGCCCAUGCCUAGUGGGGGCGAAGUCCAAAGGCCGGCUGGACGCACCCGUAGGCGGGCCCCUCAUGAGCCAGGACUCCGCCUUCCUGACUCCACCGUAGCUUUACCCUUACGGGAAAUAGGGCCUCCCGAUGGUACGGGGAACCCCCGACUUCAAUACUGGCCCUUCUCUACCAGUGACCUAUAUAACUGGAAAACCCAGAAUGCCCGAUUUUCUGACAACCCUAAAGAUUUAAUAAGUCUCUUAGACAGUGUUAUGUUUACCCACCAACCCACCUGGGAUGAUUGUCAGCAGCUCCUCCGAAUCCUGUUCACCACCGAGGAAAUGACCAAAGUCCUGGCCGCUGUUGUCCAAAAGCCCCUGGAUAAACAAAAGUCCCUAGAUAAGGACCAAUGUGCCUAUUGCAAAGAAAAAGGCCAUUGGGCCCGAGAAUGCCCUAAAAAGAAAAAGCCACGUCAUGAUCAAAAACCGUGGCAGCCAAAAACCACACCCGCCCUCUUCACUCAAGAUGCAGAAUAGGGGAGACGGGGUUCGGAUCCCCUCCCCGAACCUAGGGUAACGCUACAAGUGGAGGGGAACCCAGUUCAAUUCCUAGUCGACACAGGGGCACAACAUUCGGUCUUGAUCAGACCCCAUGGAAAAAUUUCUGAAAAAUCUUCCUGGGUCCAAGGGGCUACCGGGAUAAAAAAAUAUCCCUGGACCACCCAGAGGACUGUGGACCUAGGAAAUGGAAAGGUCACCCAUUCCUUCCUAGUCAUCCCCGACAGCCCCUGCCCCUUAUUAGGAAGAGACUUACUCACUAAAAUGGGGGCCCAGAUUCAUUUUACGCCAGGGGGCCCCCAAGUGACUGGCCCUCACAACCAACCCAUUACCAUACUUACUCUAAGAUUAGAAGAUGAAUAUCGACUCCAUCAGGGGCCACCCUCACAAAGUCAAAACAUAGAGCCCUGGCUCCAGCAGUUUCCAGAAGCAUGGGCUGAAACCGGGGGUAUGGGGUUGGCUAAACAUCGCCCAGCUCUAUUCAUAGAGCUGAAACCAGGGGCAGAUCCAGUUCGGGUCCGACAAUACCCGAUGUCAAUGGAGGCCAGAAAUGGCAUCACGCCACAUAUCCGUCGCCUCCUAGACUUAGGCAUCUUUCGUCCCUGCCAUUCAGCCUGGAACACCCCCCUGCUGCCUGUACGAAAACCUAACAGUGCGGACUACCGUCCGGUACAAGAUCUGAGAGAAGUUAACUGCCGAGUCAUGGACAUACACCCAACAGUACCCAACCCCUAUACCCUCCUAAGUGCCCUCAGCCCAGAAAGACAAUGGUAUACUGUCCUUGAUUUAAAAGAUGCUUUUUUCAGCCUGCCUCUGGCCCCCAAAAGCCAAGAGCUCUUCACCUUCGAGUAGUGGUCCGACCCUGAGAGAGGCAUAAAUGGGCAACUCACCUGGACCCGGCUCCCCCAAGGAUUUAAAAACUCACCCACCUUGUUCGAUGAGGCACUUCACGAGGAUCUGGAU